AUCUCUACCUGGUUAGUUCAUUUUUAAAUUUACUGUAUAACGAUUGUGCUGAAAUCUCUAGUGAAAAUGGGAAAAAUAAGACAGUUUCAAACAACUUUGGCAUGUGCCUUCAGUUACCUUAUAUCAGCUAUGUUCAACGUUUGGCCAUCAUAUACUAUCAGCGAAUAUACAGCACAGAACACCACCGUCAUUUCAGCUCCAAUGACUAGCUUCGAAGUUUCUAUGGUUGGUAGUUUACCGUCCUUUGGAGCAAUGUUUGGCACCAUGUGUGCUGGUACGAUAUUUGAUGUAUUUGGGAGGCAGAAAGGUGGAUUGUUCAUUGCUUUUACUGUUUUACUUUCAUGGAUAUUAGUGGAGAUAACAACAUCAAGUUUGGUCAUUAUUGUAGCACGGUUCUUGGCUGGACUAGCGAGUGGUGGUGCUUCUGUUCAUGGACCAAUAUUCAUUUCAGAAGUAGCAGAAGAGUCUAUUCGAGGAAUGUUGGGAUCAGCACCCAUGGCUUUCUACUGCGUCGGAGUACUGAUAUCCUAUUUAUGUGGUUGGCUGCUUUCGUACCAUCAAACCAUAUGGGUGAAUAUGGCGCUUUGCAUCAUGUAUGUCGGACUCCUGUUAUCCUCCGUUGAAAGUCCUGUAUUUUUGAUAAAGAAGAACAGAGAAGAGGAGGCUCGGAUGUCGAUAGCACUAUAUAGAGGUGAAUCGCCAGACUCUAAAGUUGUACUUGAAGAGCUCUCUAGAUUAAAACAGAGGCUGCAACCUGCGGAAUUAGUGCCCAUGUCUGAAGUUGACGCUGAAAAGGCAGAAAAGGAAAAAUUGGAGGGAAGUAAUGAAAAUGAAACAUGUGAAAAUAAAAUGCCGAUGCCUCCAUACAAGAUGCUAUUUAUUUCACCAUCAUCACGACGAGCCUUUAUAGUUGUCGGAAUUGCUAUGUCUACACAGGUGAUGAUGGGGCUCACUCCUGCACAAGUAUACGCGAAGGACAUCUUCUCUCAAGCAGCACCAGGUCUUUCGUCGCACAUGUGUUCAGUUAUGUUUGCUUUGGUCCUUGUGUGUGGAAGCAUGUGCAGUGUGCUCCUCUCAGACAAGUUUGGUAGACGGCCGUUACUCUUGGCAUCAGCUAUCGGCGUUUGUGUAUGCCUGGUUUCGAUGGGAUUCUUGAUGCAGACCAACGUAGCGCCCCCGUGGCUAACAGCAUGCGUCAUCCUGGCUUUCUGCUUCGUCUUCAUGUUUGGAGCGGGAAGUGUGCCAUACCUGCUGCUCACUGAAGUAUUUAUGUCAGAGGUUCAAAGCUUGGCCUCAAUCAUAAUCAUGGAAUGGAUGUGGCUCCUCAGCUUCUUCAUUCUCGGAGUCUUUCCCUUGAUGGCCCAGUACCUGGGCAUCCCCGGGUCUUUCUACAUCUUCGCUGGCUUUUCUGUCAUCGACAUCCUUCUUGCUAUAUUCAUGUUGCCAGAAACGAAAGGCUUGACGAAGGAACAGAUACAAGAGGCUUUUCUUGGAAGGAAACAGAAAUAGCGUAACUUUAGCUUUUUAAAAGUUAGGGAUAACUUAUUGGAGUGUCAAUAAAUAUUUUAUUAUAUUUUGUA